UUAUCGUAUGUCCGACAAAAAUCCAUCAAUUUCCUCUACUUGAUCUUUUUGCUAUAUUUUUUGUUUGUAUUGUAGGAACUAGAAUAGGUUCUUUUUUGGGUGUGUGUGUGUGUUCAGUUUCAUUUCUCAUUCAAGUAUACUAGCACUUGGACAUCUGUUCCAGAUGGUGACUUGACAAAAUAAAUUCUUUUUGUUGGAUUUUCAGGAACUUUUCUAGAUUCUAAUUCUUUUUUUUUUCCUAGGAAACAUCUAUAUUUUAUGGAAAUAUGCUUUAUUACUGAUGGACACUUUUUGUGUUAAGGCCUUUGGCUCUGAACAUGUGGGCAUUAUCUAGGUUACCUGGAAGUUCUGUCAUGAGCUUGAACUCACUCAAUGGUAGCCCUAGUUAUGAGACCCUAGCCCAGGACUUGAGUUUUGAGGCUCUCAAUCAAAGAGCUGUGGCAGUGGUGGUGGAUCCAAUUCAGAGUGUUAAGGGGAAGGUGGUGAUUGACGCCUUCCGUCUGAUCAACCCUCAAACAAUGAUGCUUGGCCAAGAGCCAAGGCAGACAACGUCAAAUCUUGGGCAUCUUAAUAAACCGUCCAUCCAGGCAUUAAUUCACGGCUUGAACCGGCAUUACUACUCGAUAGCCAUUAAUUACAGAAAAAAUGAACUUGAAGAGAAGAUGUUACUGAACCUCCACAAAAAGAAAUGGACAGAUGGCUUGAACCUUCAACGAUUUGAUACACAUUCUAAAACCAACGAGCAGACUGUACAGAGUUGCCAGGUGGAUUUGGAUAGUUAUACUGGGGCAUGUGCUUACAACUCUUUGUCCUAUGCUUCUGUUUUACUGGCUGCCUUGGAUGACAUGCAUCCAAGGUUUAUCUGGGAUGAUGACGAGAUCCACGUGAUGCUUUUGAAAAAUUUCUGUAGAAAUGAGAUGCUAAAUUUGGCCAUCAAGUACAACAAAGCAGUCCAGGAAGAGGAUGAAUUGCCACCAGAAAAGCUGGCAAUCGCAAAUGUGGGAAGGCAGGAUGCCAAGAAACAUCUCGAGGAGCAUGUCUCCAACUUGAUGUCUUCAAACAUCAUUCAGACUUUGGGAACCAUGCUUGACACAGUUGUGUUCUAG